AAUAAAAAACUCGAACUGUCAAAAGCGAAACGUCAAAUCAAUGGCGAAAGUUUUCGAAAGGAUUUCGAGUUUUUUAUGUUAUUUUUACAUUAGUUUGAAUUAUUUAUUUUAAAAAACAAUGGCGAGGUAUGAUAGAGCUAUCACGGUGUUUUCUCCAGAUGGGCAGCUUCUUCAAGUCCAGUAUGCCCAAGAGGCAGUGAGGAAGGGGUCCCCAGUGGUGGGCAUUAGAGGUCCAAAUGUUAUUAUAUUAGCAGUUGAGAGGAAGUCGGUAGAAAAGCUGCAGGAUGAGAGAACGGAGAAGAAGAUUGUUCCACUGGAUGAUCAUGUCGUGCUGGCGUUUGCUGGUUUGAGGGCAGAUGCUAGGGUGUUGAUAUCCAGAGCUCAAAUAGAGUGCCAAUCCCACCGCCUGACAGUAGAAGACCCAGUUUCCAUAGAGUAUAUAACGCGGUACAUAGCCGAGAUGAAACAGAGUUACACGCAGAGUAAUGGGAGGAGGCCGUUCGGUAUCUCCUGCUUGGUCGGAGGGUUCGACUAUGAUGGGCAGCCUCAUCUGUUCCAGACUGAGCCUUCUGGGAUUUAUUAUGAGUGGAAGGCAACCACCACAGGCAAAUAUGAUAAGACAGCUCGAGAGUAUCUAGAGAAGUACUACAACGAGGAAGCGGUGGAAAAUGAUGACGCCGCCAUGAAACUAGCGAUCAGAACGAUACUGGAAGUAGUGCACUCUGGACAGAGGAAUCUGGAUGUUGCAGUAAUCAAGAGAGGCCAGCCAGUCACUAUGUUGGAGCCCAGUGCCAUACAGGAACUGAUAGCUGUCAUCGAUAAGGAAAACGCUGAAGCUGAAAACCGCUGAAACUAUUGGAAUGUGUUUUGAAAUAUAGUUUUAUUUGUUUA